AUGACCGACUCUCAUCCAAGUAAAUUUCGAUUCAAGAGGAAGCAUAGGGAGGAUCAACCAUCAGGGAGCCAUAGCGAAGAAAGGCGCCACCGCCAUCAUCAUCGCUCAAAACGAAGCAGGCAAUCCGUCACGAAUGAUGAUCCAUCCCUCUACGAUGACACGCACCUCCCCAAUACCUCUUCCAAUCAGUACCUCGACCCAGAUGUUGCAUUCAGGGAAAGUCUAUUUGAUGCGAUGGCUGACGAUGAAGCUGCACAGUAUUGGGAGGGAGUUUAUGGGCAACCCAUUCAUACAUAUCCCGACGUCAAGCAAGGCCCUACUGGCGAGUUAGAACAAAUGACUGACGAAGAAUAUACGGCAUAUGUUAGAGGUAAAAUGUAUGAGAAGACCCAUCAACAUUUAAUAGAGGAAAAGGCUCGACGCGAAGCAGCCAAAAAAGAACGAGAACGGUUGGCUCAAGAAGGUAGGAGAGAUGAGAGAGAUGCUGAACGAUUGCAAAGAAAGGUUGAGGAGAGUUUGAAGAGAGGCCAGGAGAGGAGAUCCAAGAAAGUUUGGACUGAAAAAUGGAAUAACUACAUUAAGAAAUGGGAGGAUCUUGGGAAGAAUUCUUCGAAAGUUGCAGUUGCAUCCAUACCUUGGCCAGUCGAAAGUGGAAGUAAAAAAGAUGUCAAAAAGGAGGACAUCAGAAGAUUUUUCUUAUACGCACCAACCUCUGGGGAACCUACCGAAUUACAGCUUACGAAGACCUUGAAGGUAGAAAGAGUUCGGUGGCAUCCCGACAAGAUCCAACAGAAGUUGGGAGGACAAGAUGUUGAUGAAGGGGUAAUGCAAGCUGUUACCGCAGUCUUUCAAAUAAUCGAUGGGCUGUGGUCGGAGAGCAGAAUGAGUGGUCAAUCUUGA